ACACCAGAGUGUCUUCAGCUCAGACCCGUCUUUCAGUUACCUGCUGUUUUGACACACAAUCCUGUGCACAUUUUCCUUCUCAGAAGAGAAUGGAGAUCAGCCUGAGCCUCCCCCCACUUCCUAGAACUGUCGUUUCUGCUGAGGUCGCUUCCUGGAGUCCUCGUGAUGACCGUGUUGCAGUGCUGGUCGUGGGUGGAGUGGUUUAUGAUCCUGAAUGAGUGCCUCCGGGCCUGCUGAUCACUUGGGCCCCGUCUCUAGGCAGGACUAACAGGCUGUUCUUCCUUCCAAGAAUCUCCAAGGUCUGCGGUCUGGUUGAAAGAUGUCGGCGCUCACUGCCGUGUUUAAGUAUGUGGAUGAGAAUCAGGACCGCUACAUUAAGAAGCUUGCGGACUGGGUGGCCAUCCAGAGCGUGUCCGCCUGGCCCGAGAAGAGGGGGGAGGUCCGGAGGAUGAUGGACAUGGCCGCCGCCGACCUCAGGCAGCUGGGCGGCUCCGUGGAGCUGGUGGACAUCGGGAACCAGAAGCUCCCCGAUGGCUCAGAGAUACCGCUUCCUCCCAUUUUACUGGGCAAACUGGGCUCCGACCCUCAGAAGAAAACGGUGUGUAUAUAUGGACACCUGGAUGUGCAGCCGGCAGCCCUGGAGGAUGGCUGGGACAGCGAGCCCUUCACCUUGGUGGAACGAGAUGGCAAACUGUAUGGGAGAGGAGCAACAGAUGACAAGGGGCCAGUGGCCGGCUGGAUGAACGCCCUGGAGGCCUUUCAGAAAACGGGACAGGAAGUUCCCGUCAACGUCCGUUUCUGCCUGGAAGGCAUGGAGGAGUCUGGCUCCGAAGGCCUGGACGCGCUGAUCUUCGCCCAGAAGGACACGUUCUUCCACGACGUGGACUACGUCUGCAUCUCCGACAACUACUGGCUGGGCAAGAGCAAGCCCUGCAUCACCUACGGGCUCCGGGGCAUCUGCUACUUCUUCAUUGAGGUGGAAUGUAGCGACAGGGACCUGCACUCCGGCGUGUAUGGCGGCUCCGUGCACGAGGCCAUGACCGACCUCAUCACGCUGAUGGGCUCCCUGGUGGACAGGAAGGGGAAGAUCCUCAUCCCCGGCAUCAAUGAGGCAGUGGCCCCUGUGACAGAGGAGGAGCUGCAGCUCUACGACCAGAUCGACUUUGACCUGGAGGAGUAUGCCCGGGACGUGGGGGCAGAGACCCUGCUGCACGACUGCAAGAAAGAAAUCCUGAUGCACCGAUGGCGGUACCCGUCCCUGUCCCUCCACGGGAUCGAAGGUGCCUUCUCUGGGUCGGGGGCCAAGACUGUGAUUCCUCGGAAAGUGGUCGGCAAGUUCUCCAUCAGGCUGGUUCCUAACAUGACUCCGGAAGUGGUCAGCGAGCAGGUUACGAGCUACUUGACUAAGAAGUUUGUGGAACUACACAGCCCCAACAAGUUCAAGGUGUACAUGGGCCACGGAGGGAAGCCUUGGGUGUCCGACUUCAACCACCCCCAUUACCUGGCCGGGAGAAGAGCCCUGAAAACAGUUUUCGGUGUUGAGCCAGACUUGACCAGGGAAGGCGGCAGUAUUCCUGUGACUUUGACAUUCCAGGAGGCCACGGGCAAGAACGUCAUGCUGUUGCCCGUGGGGUCAGCUGACGACGGAGCCCACUCCCAGAAUGAAAAGCUCAACAGGCACAACUACAUCGAAGGAACCAAGAUGCUGGCCGCUUACCUGUACGAAGUGUCUCAGCUGAAGAACUGAGCCGCAGCCUCCGCCCUCCACCCUCGUUGUCUUCCGAUGGCUCAGCAGAGUGGAAGCCUGUCCUCUCCUCCUCUUGUCCGGUUCUGCAGACUUCAGGAUGUCUUGGUGGAGUGACCUGUACUGGGCAGUGACAGACGUUUAGUUCUGGGGCUUGGGAACGACCCCGGAUGACAGCUGCGCUCUCACAGGUGGGCAGCACGACUUGGUCUCCGGAAGAUGGGCGAGGCCUCCAAGCACACGUUCUUGUGUAGGAAGUGCCACUCGGGGUAAAGAGCCCCUGGUGCUUUCUGGUCCCACUUCUGCCCCGAGUCAGGGCUGUGCGCACGCGGAACAUGCAGUCACAGCGCCUAAGGCCUGGACGGCCACCUGCUCUGUCCCUCGCUGUCUCGUGCGCGCUCUGUCGUCCUCUCCAGACUGUGAGCACUGCUGCUGUCCUUAUCUCCUCCUGAUCUCCGCCCCUCGAAACCUGAACCUGACUGGGAGGGUCAUUUGGUCUCAAUCUGUGUUGCUCAAUAAAAAGGAAAAACAGCC